GUUUAUUGCUAUGGAAAUGAUGGAACGUCGAAAAGUCGAAUGUACAUUUAUUAGCUUCUAAUUUUCUGGAUAUCCAAGGCCAUGGAGAGAACGAUGUUAAAGAGAGGAAAAAUGGUCAGAUGAGAUGUCGCUUUCCUCGGUGUUACCGGCUUUACCGGGUGUUUAUACCCAAAAGAACAACGCGAAACAAAGGUGAGUUUGAUGUUAAGCACUGGAUGUCAUGAAGUUAAGCAUGCAUGCUUUACGAUGUUUACUUUGGUGCUUUUUCUUGCAUCUUUAUGUGUUUGAUUUGCUAUUUUUCUUUGAUUUUUUGAUUUUGCAAUUUGGUUAACUUGCCGCUGAGUUUUACUUAUACGAUUGCAUCCUUGCUUGCUUAUUAACAACUGCACAUGAGAGGUGCCUUAAAUUUGUUUGUGCACAUUUCAGUUAGACUCUUGUUAACUUUGUCAGUGAUGGUUCAUCUUAUGAGCGUAUUUCUCUUUUUUGGUGGAUCCUAAAUGGUAUCAAGUUUUCCCUGUUUUAAACAGGGACAAUCAACGCCCAGAAGAAAAUAAGUAUUUUUAUCAGAUUGAAAACCAAGCAAUGGUCUUCAUGUAUGCUAGAAGGUCGACCUUCAUACAAUUAACUUUGUUUAAAUAAACAAUAUUUUAUAUUGCUCAGCACGUACUUUCAUAUUUGUUUGAAAUACAGCAGGUCAUUUCUUAAUUAAAUGGAUUGUCAACAUUCCCACCUGGAAACCCCCUGGGUUUUUAAAUUCCAGUUGUUAUGAAUUUUUGUGUGUGCCAUUUAUACACAUAAACCCACUUGUUAAUUAUUGUUGAUUAAUUUGAAAUAUUUGUUUCUUAAUUUAUCCCUAAAAAGCCACUAAAGAGAAUGAAUACUGAAUUAUUUCAUUCUUACAAUGUAAUUAAGAAUGUUGCCGAGUGAAAUGUGUAAUUUUUUUAGGCUUAUUGACACAACCAGCAAUGCUGCCAGCUCUACUCAUUCCAAGAAAAGUAAGAGUAAACAUCACAUUAGCGCUGAGAAGCAGAAAGCUGAAGCUGAAGCUAAGGCUGCUAAAGAACGAGAAGAGGUAAACACUUGCCUUUGCUAAGAAUGGUGUUAAGGGGGGAGGGGAUGGGGGGCAAUCCUAUAAUGAAGAGUUGGGGAUACUCAUCGAAAAUCUAAAAUCAAACCCCUAAAGGAGACUAAUCUGUGCUUGGGUCAGGCUUUAUUUGACCUCUAAAAGAGGCUAUACUCCAACAUUUUGUUACUCGCAACCUCGAGCAAUACCUUUAUGGGCAAAGAAAAUUAAUUUUUGAUCCUGAACACCGCAAAUAAUACCAAAACCUACAAUUUCUACCCCUAAGCAAGAUGGCUUAAAUCUGUACCACUUUCAUUCCUGUUCCCCUGGGGAUGGUGUUCAAUGAUGGGGCCAGGGGUGGUGGGGGGUACUUUGGGCGUGGCUCUGCAGGUACACUAUAUAUAUGUGAGAGGUCAAAAUUAGAUUCAGAUUAAAAUUUUUUAACCUAGGUUGAUUCUCAAUAUUUUCUUUGUCUCCUAGCCCUACUGUAAUUCAUGAAUAUUUAGGGAUAGGACAAACAGGAAGAGAAUCAACCUAGGUUAAAAAAUUUUAUCUGGAUUUAAAUUUGACCUCUAACAUAUACCAGUUGAAGGUUGACUUUGGAACUCCUUCCAUCUGCUUAAUAUCAAAAUAGGUAAGUGAAAACAAUUAACAUCUUGAAUUAACUGUAUGGCUGUUCUGUUCUAUAUUUUGCCUUUAGCAAUGCAUCCGUCUGUACGAAAUGUGGUCAAAACUCAAACAAGAUGAGAAGGAUGAACAUUAUCAAUAUCUGAAGGAAAGGGUCUCCAUUCAACAUGAGUUAAUCAGAAGACAAGACAUUCUGUUUAAAAAUCGCCAGGCAAAAAUAGAGCAAAAACGAUGGCAGGUAUGGUGAUCGAUAGCUUAUAGUAUUUUUACCUUAGUUCUAGUUUUUUGACGCCACAAACAAUUUUUUAAACAUGACCUGAAACAGUUUUUAUUAAACCAUUCCAACCUUAGCUAGUAUUUUUAAUCUUAAUAGUUCUAGUUUUAAACCUUAGUUGUAGUCUUAGUUUUUAGCCAUAUUUUAGUUAUAUUUUGAUGCAAUUUUGUCCUUUAUUUUAGAGGACCCUUCUGAAAACCACCUUUUGGUGAUUGGAUCAGGCCUCCUCUUAAAAUAUCCUUUAUUAUUUAUUAUUAUUUUAUUAAUAUUAUAUUAUUAAGAACCUUAAAAUAGCUUGAGGGCAAAGAAACCAAAACGCAUGAGGGAAUCUUUGGAGGAAUAAACAGUUUAGGACUGUAAACGAAAAAAAAUAGAAAGAAGCUUUAACUGCCACAGGAAAGAAGAGGACACCUCCCAUAUGAACUCAAAAAGUGACUGAUGGAGGCGUUCAACUGGUUUUCUCUUUCUCGAUUCUCUUUCCGCUAUUAAAUUGAGUCAAAUCCGUGGAACACUCAAAAAAGGUUCUGAUUUUUGUCAAAAAGUCAGCCACCUAGAGUCGUGGAAAGCAAUUUCACAUGGCACCAUGCUCAAGCUCACAGAACCAAAUCGCUAAGCCAUGUGGUAGUUGAGUUUGUCUUGUGGGAAUCUUUCAGUUCUUCCCUGGAGACAACCUGAGGCCGCAAUCUAAUUGGGUUUUUCUCCGGGUAUGUUUUAAAAUCGUUGAAUGAAAGACAAAAUUUCGUAAAAGUUUAUCCGUGGUUUUAUAUUAUUUUCCCCUCUAGGAAACCCGUUGAGGUCUAAAAAAGUCCAACACUUUCAAAUUCGGUUGUGUUUUUGGAUUGCAUUGUUAGAAAGAUCUGGAACACACUACUCAGUAAGUUGUUUUGUUUGCUAUAUAUCAACGAAGAACAGUGGUGUUUUGCGUCGUAAUAUUUAACUCCUUUUAAUAGGCACGGACAUGCAGGAAUAUACAAUUUCAACGAGUUCUUAUGAACUCUUUAGUGAUCCGUGGGUAAACAAAUUACAAUUACAAUUUACAAGACUUAAGGUUUACUGUACAUGUAGUAUGUGAUGACAUAAUGUCAUUAUUCACUCUGUUUUAUCUGCUUAAAGAAGGCUUAGACUGAUGUCAACAAUUUUUGUAUUUCUUACCACAUAAUACCAUAUUAUUAAUUAUUUAGUUGAUUUCUUAGGAUUAAAUUUUAUUAUGAAUAAUUUAUUAUAAACUUGGAAUCCUUUUAUUUGCACCAAUUUUCCUCUAAAAUGAAUUUUCAGUUUUAAGAAUCAAAAAAGUGUCAUUUUCAGAACUGUUAAAAAUAUUGUAUGCUUUGUUAGUUAUAAUAAUCUUUGGUGACUCAACUAUGUGCAAAAUGUUAGUAAAACAUUGUGACUGUCUGGAGUCUAGUUAAUAUUAUAUGCAUGGUUUCUUAGUAACUUGUUUUAUGGUAAGCAGGUCUAAACAAUCCCUUGUUUUUUAUGUAGUUGAAAGAAGCCAAACGCUUAUCAAGAAUGGCCAAAUCAAAGGAGUAUACAGACUUUGUUAAAGAUGUGUUAGGUAAGGGUAUAACCAAUUUUUUUUAAAAAAAUAGUGUUGUAGAAUUUAUGCAAAGCAGUCAAACUGUACCUCAUUGAAGCAAACUAGUUUUUAUUGUGUAUAAAAAAUAACAUGUACCAUCAAGGUGUCUCAACUUGCAGCCAAUGUAAUAUAGAAAAUAGUCAUGAAAAUUUUGUGAUCCACAUACUUGUAUGUAUAAAAAUAACAUUUAUACAUAUUUCCCAGGUUCUCAAAAUGCCAAAAUUUAAAAAUUAAGUUCUUUUGUUAUUUAUAUGGGAAGUCAUUGUAAAAUCGAAUGUAUAAUGUUCUUCAACCUCAGUCUUGCUGCAAUGUCAGUUUAUCUGGUUUGGAAAAUUCAUUAAUAUGAAAGCGUUUUUGUUGAGAAACAAGAGAAAAACUUUCAGCAGGCAUUAAGACUUAAAAUUAGUCUGUCAAAAUUGCAGGAAGCAAAAGCAAACACCUUUCAAGCUAAUUUAAAAUGUUAAAGGACCUGCUUGAAUAGUCUCAAUACGAAAUUAUAGUUAAAAACCAGUAAAAGGCGCCUCACAUUAUCAGUAAAUCCUUUUUCUUACCAAAACUGAUCUCUUUCACGUUCACAGCUAAAGAUAGGAAGGAAGCCCUCAGUUUAAAAUCACAUGUCCGUGUUAUUAGCAGUCAUGAACCUGGACACAUGACAAAGCUAUCAUCCGACCAACGUAACAGUUAUACGAGCUCCAAAACUCAAUCUCCAGCUCAACUGAGUCUAGGGAGCAGUCAUGGUACAGGAUAUGAGAGUGCGUUAUUGACAGAUAACUUUAAGGAACUGCUCCUUGAUCCGGUUGAUGUUCAGCUUAAGAAGUUACUAGGUUCUGAGGCCGAGGAUUUUUUGCACCCGACAUUCCGUGAAGGAGCUAAGAAGACACUUAAUCCAGUGGUGGUGAACAGAAAAUGUAUGUAACUCGUUUGCCGUUGAUCUUCUCAUGAGUGACCCAUGAUUUUUUCAGUAGAUUUCAAAAAGAAAGCAACGAAGACAGCUCGUGUCAUUUCAGGAUUUAAUCUACAGAAAUCAGAAGUUAGAACAAAAUGUAAUUCAUACUGCAGCUCGAUUAAUUAGUCAGACCACACGCUCAGGUUUAAUAAGUUAAAAUGGUGUAAGUUAAGGUUUCCGAUUGCAUGGUUAGGGAAGAAACACCCUGAAUCACCGCUCUUUCACUGUUCUGAUUCUUGUUAAACGUGUGCGUCUAAGUGUCUGCGGUAUUGCUGUAGAAGGUCCGCAUCAGCUUUACGUAAACCUUGCUUUAUCAAAUAAAAUAAUGAUGAUAACGACGGUGACAUUGAUGAUGAUGACGAUGACGAUGAUGAUAAUAGUAAUGAUGAUAAUGGAUCCUCACGUAUUUUCAUGUGUAUUCCACUUCUUUCUUUCAAGUAAGUGGCAUUGGAGCAAGAGAUUUGUGGGGUACUCUGAGGAACAACUCACAAAUUAAACUUCAAAAACAGGACAAUAUGAUACCCCCGGAUGUUAAGGUAAUGGUCUUAUCAUAUGGGAGGGGUGAUUGUGGUUAACACUGACCACAAUAAUGAUGAUGAUAAGGACCGAAUCGACAUUAAACGGGUUUUUGUAAAUUUGUAAAAUCACCACCGGUCUCGUUCAGAUUCCGUUGUAAAAGAACUACUGGCGAGCAAGAUUGAAAUAAUGAAAUGAUCAACGAAAGGUUUAAUUUUGUCAAAGGUUUUGAGUUCAAUUUGAACACCGUAUUUAGAUUUUUUUCUAGUUUUUUUUUAGGUUUUUGAGCUUAAUUUAAAAUGGUAGCGUUCCUAAUGCAGUUUUAAACAACUGUCCUCUAACAUGCUUGUUUCAUUCUUUUUUGUUCAGAAUUCUUAUAAAGCUUUCCUGCGAGAGUGUUUCCACAACAAUGUCCCAACAGCCCGGAGAAGCUUCUGUAAGGAGGAAGAUGAGGUAUGAGAUCAGAUAAAAAAGAGUAUUUUUUUUAUGAAUAUCCUGAGUUCUAUUUUACUAAACAUCAAACCUUAAAAUAGGCCUCUUGUACGGAACGGUCCGUCAUAAAACAAAAACACCUUCUUGGAUGCAAACGACGGGUAACCGGUCAUUUCGCCCCCGAUUUUCGAGUCAUUUAGCGCGCUUUAAAUGUAAUAUUCCUCGUUCUUUAAGCCAUAAACCAAAACAAGCACGCUUCAAAUAUAAUAUUUCCCUUUCUAAACAAGGAAGCUAAGUAACCGGGGAGAAAGACUUGGGGGAGAAAUGACCGGUAACCAAACGACGCAGUGGGGUAAGAGCAACAAAGAGAUUUCAUCAUUCAAAAGGCUAACAUCUUUCUUUUCAAGGUUCCACUACGUGGUUUGCGAUACAGCAAGAUGUUUUUGUACCAUGUGACCAUUUCGUGCAAAGUGCUCAUCCCAAAAUGUAACAGCCGUAAUUCAAGAUCUCGGCGUCACUUUGAAUUUUAGUCACUGAAGAAAACAUUAAUAUAAAUUUUCUGGAUUUUCGUCAGAGCUGCUACAUACGGGGAAUGGCUAAUUAGAGAACUUACCAUCAGAGACUUCAAAUUUUGAACGUCAAUUUCGGGAAGUCGUUACUGUCUUUGUUGCUUCUGGAACUCUACGGUUCUGUACAGUUCCUGAGAAAAACUGAGCACUUUCGUAGUCAAUAUUAAUUUUUCUGUGCUUUAUUGCGUCUUUCUUUAGAAAGAGAUGAUUGUCUCAUUCUAGAUCAGUAUACUCAAUACUAACGCUGUUGUUGUUGUAUAAGGUUCUUGAUGAAGACCGCGCCAGUGAAAGCCAGUUAAUUCAGGAUAUUAAGUUCACCCGCCAUCGUUUGGAACUCAUGUUUCGAGUUGCUCACAUGAACCGUGACAAGACAAAAUUACUGGUCAAAAGUAUUGAACCAAAGGAACCUUCUGAGGGGACCAUGAUCAGACCACCGAGGUACAAUCCACGGCAAAUAUUGGACAAGACAAAGGUGAGAGUUUUAAAUUUUUAAAAGGGAGAUACAACCAAUUUUUAAAUUAAAAGCUAACUAAUAUAAGAUAGUUCUAUACUCUUAGCAAUAGGCAGGACCACGGGAAAUUAUCAAUCAGUUGCUUUGAUAUAAAAAUUUAACCCACAGUCUCAAGAUCAAGAAGACAGAUCCUCUUGUACAGCAUGAUAAACAGUACCCCAGGAAACUGUUCUGUUUACGUAACUUUCAUUUUAAUGGUCACACUUUAUCCACGGACUCAACUAUGUUAGACUACCACCUUGUCCAGAAUGAUAAACAGUACCACGUGAAAGCGGGGCUAUUCAGUGGCUAUACAGUGUAUAACUUGAAUCGUUUUAGGGUUUUGUCAGAUACUUUGCUUAAAAAGUAGUUUUGUUUUCCUUUUUAGGCGCACCAUCUUGUACCAUUACCUGUUCUCGCAUUAACAGACACAGAAGGAGAUAGCCACUCCGUUCAAAUACCGCCCUCCCCUCGCGAGGCCAUCCUCCCACGUGAGAAAGAAGAAGACGUUAUCGUCGGAGGAGAGAAAAUCAAGUUUCUAACCGAAGAAAUGGCUACUUGUAAAGGAGAGUUCAGUAAACGCCAUAACGCCCCUGGAUGUUCUUCAGAAAUGGAACCUGUGAACACGGGGUUACCAAGAGGGAUCAAUAUAAGAGAAACUCUGUCAGCCCCUGCUAGUAGUAUGGGCGCAAGAGAAGAAAAGAAGACCCAAGGAAAGCAGUGGGAGCCACUUAGCCUAAGCGCACUCUUGGAGUAUAACGCUCCUGUUAACGCCCCCGGCAAUGGCGACUUUCUUUAUGGGCAAACAAAAACCUGGAAAAUACAAUGAUAGCAGGUUUUUCGCUUUUCUCGUCUUUAAUAAGGCUGGCAAGACAAUUGGAGGGGGAGAGGCGAAUAUUAAGGCAUCUUCUCGAGUUCCAUUGUAUCAUAGUAUUAUGAUUGUACAGGCUCGAUUUUGCCGCUUAGUCGGGUACGGUUUUUCAAGGAGAGGUAAACUCCAGGUUAUUCCCAAAGAGCGGCAAGAAUUCGAGCCUAUUCGUGUGUGGGUUGAAAGCACUGCGUGACUCCAACCCGAGCGGCUGCGAAGGAGCGUUGUGACAAGGUAACGUCGACCCAGGGGAGGAUUUGUGCCCAGCGGUUUUAGUGAAAAGAAGGGUUUGUGGGGGUUUCUCAUUCUCGCGGGCUCACAAAACCUCCUUUACGUCCAUCUUAUUUUGUAUUUACCGCGAAGGAGACUGUCCUCUCACAAGUCGUGACUGAGAUCACCUCGAGCAGCUUGUCAGAUGUGAUAAGCAUACCGUUGUGUGGUCACUUUGCUCGUGCACGAGACGCGUGUCUCCCUCUCGCGCGCCCGUUCUUUUUUUGCGCCCACUACUUCCAAGUGCCUGCUACGCAGCCUAAAGCAAAAUGAGUUACUUCGAGUCUAGUCGUUGUCUCGUAAUCUUGACGCACUGAAAAUCACUGUCUCAUUUCGAGUGGAACUCGGGAUGUGCUUACAGGGUAAAUCAGAGUCCGAUUCGCAGACACCUCAGAUAAUGUGUAAAUAUCAUCACUGUAAAUAAACGCUAACGAUAUUUUUAUUUAUGUUUUAAUAAAAAUAUACAGAAAAGA